UCCCAUGUUUACCCUCCCGUGACCGGUUCCUGCUGCCCGAUAGGCUGUCAGCCCGGAUGGGUUGCCUCACCUCCGUGUUGCCCCGGAGUUAUUUACCUCGCCGCCAUUAUCGCUGCCUGCCACACACACUGUGGACCGGGUAAGAUUAUCCGUGUAGAACCCUCCCCAGCACAAAGGGAAGUACAUCUCCAACCUGUGUACGUACAAGGUUUCUACUCCUCCCACUCGGCUCACUGUUACAUCCAGGUGGGAAGGGUUAGGGCGUCUGGGGACGCUCUAGAGUCACAGAUCGAGUUUUACACACCAAGCGGAGGGCAAGAAACAGUCAAACAACAUGGACGACGACGAAGAGGUCGAGGGUUUGGGUUCCUCCAACCCCACCACCGAUCCCAGGUACGAGUUUCUGUCCGACUACGUCCUGAGAGCGAUGAAACUCAAACCCGACAAGUGGAACAAAUGCAUCGGUCUGGACGACAACCGACAGAAGAUCGCAGACUUCUUCGAGAAGCCGGAAAACCCGCAGCUGAUCUUCAUGUCCAACACGGCCGGGAACAUCGAGGUUCGCCUGGAUUUUCCCAACCACCUGAAGAGCAAGGCCGUGUACUUCGUCAAGAGAAACAACGAGAUGAUCGGGAGAGACAACUACAAACAGAGCCUGGUGUACGGAGAUCUGUCGUACGCUCCGCUGGAACAGCUGUCUGCUCUGGUAGACGAGGUGUUGGCACCUCUCCUGUCUAACGAGAGGAACCACAAGGGGUGGCCGACCGUGGUGUCCCAGGACGUGCUGCGCCACGUGCACAACCUGAAGAGCCAGGUGUACGUGGUGGGCGGGCAGGUCAAGGGCAAGACGCUGCUGCCGCUCCCGGAGGGCGCCGAGAAGAUUGAAGACGCCGCGGAACCGGACGACGGCUACGACAGCAGGGAAGGGUCCCCUCACUCGGACGACUUCUACGAGGACAACUACACGAACCGCGUGCUGCUGCACUCGCUGGAGUCCAUGAUCAUCGACUGGUCGCACCAGAUCAGGGAGGUGCUGAAGAAGGACUCCGCCGCCCCGCUGCUGGCCGGCCUGCACCCCGGGCCGGACGUGGAGAUCAACUUCUGGAACUCACGAUGCUCCAACCUGGAGUGCAUCUAUGAACAGCUGCGUCAGCCCCGCGUGCGGAAGAUGGGACAGCUGCUGGAGAGGAUGAACAGCAGCUACUUCCCCGCCUUCAAGGACCUGUUCACAGACGUGGUGCACGCUGUGACUGAGGCCAAAGACAUCACGAUGUACCUGAAGCCUGUGAACAACCAGCUGGACGACCUGCAGGAGUUCGAGUUUGACGAGUACGCCAAGGCCAUGCCGGCCCUCAUGCACACCGUCUGUCUCGUCUGGAGCAACUCCAAGUUCUACAACACCGCGCCCAGGAUCAUCGUGCUUCUGCAGGAGAUCUGCAACUUGCUCAUCGAACAGUGUCGCCACUACCUCCCUUCGGAAGACCUGUUUAAGGGGGAGCUGGACGAGUCUCUGGAAAAGAUCCAAGCAGCGCUGAAAGUCUUCACCGUCUUCAAGGACAGCUACGAGGAUCGGAGGGCCAACAUGCGGAUGUACUUUGAGAACGGCCAGAACGGCGAGGCAGUGCGGGAAUGGGAGUUUAACCCCCAGCUGGUGUUCGCCCGGUGUGACAGCUUCGUGGCCAGGAUACGGACUCUGGAGAACCUGUUCUCCACGGCACAAGAGUUCAUGAAGCUGGAGAAGAUCGAGUUCACCGGCAUCAAGGGAAACAUCCUGAGUCAGCAGGUCCUCGCCAUGUUUAACGAGUUCUGCGACAUCUUUAAGGUCUUCAGCGACAGGUCGUACGACGCUUUGGAUCACGAAGACGAGGAAUUCACGCGGGAUUACACAGACUUCUGUAACCACAUCGUGGACCUGGAUCACCGCCUGGGCUCCAUCCUGUGCCGGGCCUUUGACGACUGCUCUGGGACGGAGGCUUGUUUCAAGCUCCUGGACAUUUUCGGCUCCCUGCUGGAACGCCCCGUCAUCAAGUACGAGUUCGAGCACAAGUACCCCGUGCUCCUCCACAUCUUCGACCGGGACCUGGACACGGCGAAGGCCAUCUACGACCAGCAGAUGGCGUACAUCGCGGAGACGGACGGCGCCGCCGUGGUCAACAAGAACAUGGCCCAAGUGUCGGGCCAGCUGAAGUGGGCCAAGCAGCUGCGCGAACGGAUCGAUAUUCCGAAGAAAGAGUUCAGGCACAUAGAUCACCCGUGUAUGCACACGGAGGAAGCCAAGAUCAUCUUCAGGAAGCACGAAGAGAUGAUGAAGCUUCUCUCCAGGUUUGAUGAUAAGGUGUACGACAACUGGACCAAGGGAGUGGACGACACCUGCCAGUUCAACCUGGACCAGCCGCUCAUCAACCGUGACGAGAAGACGCGCCACAUCAGCGUCAACUUCGAUCCUAAGCUGAUCGCCGUGCUGCGCGAGGUGAAGUACCUGAUCUACGCCGGCCAGACGGACAUCCCCGCCAGCGCCGAGGCCAUCUACCAGCGGAACAACACCCUGCACCAGUACCUGAACAACCUGGACCUGACCGUGGCCUGGUACAACAAGAUCAGAGACACGGUGCUGGAGGUGGAGUUCCCGCUCAUCAAGGCACGGCUGGAGGAGAUCGACUCGCAGAUGGAACGUGCCGAGACCACCAUUACCUGGAACAGCGAUGGUGUUUGGGAGUACAUCCAGGAGACACGUGACAUGGUGCACGAUCUAGAACAGCGCGUCAGCAAGGCCAAGAACAACGUUGAGCAGAUGCAGAACAUCAUGGCGAAGUGGACGGAGGUUCCGCUGUUUGAGCGGCGUGAGCUGCACCACCAGCCGGACCUGCUGAACCUGGAGGACCGUCAGGAGCGCCUCAACAAGCGGUACACCGACAUCAAGGAGUCGGGAGACAGGAUACACCAGCUUCUCAAGGAAAACCUGGAGCAUUUCAAGGCGGAAGAGGAGUUGGACACGUGGCGUGCCUAUGUGGACUACGUGGAUGACAUGGUUGUGGACGGCUUCUUCAACGCCAUCCAGUGUUCCCUGCAGUACCUCCUGGAUAACACCGAACCCAGACCCACCAACGUGCCGCUGUUUGAAUCCAGGAUGGAACUGUCUGUACCAGACACUAUCUUCUUCCCCGCCUUGGAUUUCGGGGUGUCUGACGGCUUCUAUGACUUGGUGGAAGGGAUUGUCAACGACAUCUACAAGAUUUCCUCUCUGGUGCCGCGACUUGCAACGCACAGUGGGCUUGAACACUACCAGGCUGACCUGGAGGAUAUGAUGGACCUGUCCGAGAUGCGCUCGGAGCUGAUGGAGCGGAUCCAGACCGUCAUGAACAAGGCCAUCGAGUACAGGAACUCCUUCGACCAGUAUGCCUAUCUCUGGGUGGACGACAGGAAGGAGUUCAUGCGGCAGUUCCUGUUGUACAACCACGUCCUCACGGCAGAGGAGAUUGAAGCCCAUGCAGAUGACGGCGUGCCAGAAAACCCACCAACACUCGAGCAGUUCAAAGAACAGAUUGACAGCUACGAGAAGAUCUAUGAGGUUGUGGAAGGUUUUAGCGACACGGCCAUUUUUGAGGGCUGGUUCCGGGUAGACUCAAGGCCUUUCAAGCAAGCUUUGCUGAACAUCAUCAAAAAGUGGAGCUACAUGUUCAAGCAGUACCUGAUCGACCAUGUCACCAACAGCCUGACAGACCUGGCGGAGUUCAUCCAAGUGACGGACGCCGGGCUGACCAAGGAGGUGACGGAGGGAGAGUACGACGAGCUGGUGGAGUGCAUGGGUCAUCUGAUGGCGGUCAGGGACAGGCAGCUGACCACAGACGAGAUGUUCGAACCGCUGAAGGAGACCAUAGAGCUUCUCAAGACAUACAACCAGGAGAUGCCUGAUGAGGUUCACCAGCAGCUGGAGGAGUUGCCUGAGAAAUGGAACAACACAAAGAAGAACGCUGUUACCAAGAAACAGGAAGUAGCUCCUCUUCAGACUAAUGAAGUCGCCAACAUCAGGAGGAAAUGUGGGCAGUUUGAUGUCAAGCAGCACGAGUUCAGAGAAAGAUUCAGAAGAGAAGCACCGUUCCGUUUUGACUCAGAUGACCCAUACAGGCGACUUGAUACUGAGCACAUGCUGCUUAGUGCCAUGGAGGCUGAGAUGCAGAAACUGCUGGAGUCAGCAGGGUUAUUCGAGGUCAACGUCCCAGACUAUCGCCAGCUCAAGGCCUGCAGGAAGGAAGUGCGCCUGCUCAAGAUCUUAUGGGACAUGAUCUUCCUCGUCCAGACAAGUAUCGACGACUGGAAGACAACCAAAUGGCAAGAAAUCAACGUGGAGGUGAUGGAGAUGGAAUGUAAGCGGUUCGCUAAGGACAUCCGGGUCCUGGAUAAGGAAGUCCGUGCCUGGGACGCCUUCUCCGGAUUGGACAGUACAGUAAAGAACAUCCUGACGUCACUCCGCGCCGUGACGGAGCUGCAGAACCCUGCCAUCAGGGAGAGACACUGGCAGCAGCUCAUGACUGUAGCAAAGGUGACGUUCGUGAUGGAUGAAGACACGACCCUGGCGGACCUGCUGAACCUGCAGCUGCACAAGGUGGAGGACGAGGUGAGGAACAUCGUGGACAAGGCCGUCAAGGAGAUGAGCAUGGAGAAGAUCCUGAAGGAGCUGGACGUCACCUGGGCCACCAUGGAGUUCGGACAGGACAGUCACGUCAGGACAGGCAUCACGCUCAUCAAGGCGGACGAGGAACUCAUAGAAACACUGGAGGACAACCAGGUUCAACUACAAAACAUGAUGAUGUCCAAGUACAUCGACCACUUCCUUGAGGAAGUUUCACGCUGGCAGAAGAAGCUGACCACGGCAGACUCCGUCAUUAACAUCUGGCUGGAGGUGCAGCGCACCUGGUCUCACCUGGAGAGCAUCUUCAUCGGCUCGGAGGACAUCCGGAGUCAGCUGCCUGAGGACUCCAAAAGAUUCGAUGGCAUUGAUUCCGAUUUCAAGGAAUUGAUGAAGGAGGCAGAGCAGACACUGAACGUGGUGAUUGCCACAAACAAAGACGGUCUGUACGAGAAGCUAGAGGAGAUACAGUCAAGGUUAGCCCUCUGUGAGAAGGCCCUGGCUGAUUAUCUGGACACAAAGCGUCUCGCUUUCCCGAGAUUCUAUUUCGUGUCUUCCACGGAUCUCCUGGACAUCCUGUCAAAGGGAACACAACCCACUCAGGUUGCACGCCACUUACCGAAACUGUUCGACAACAUGGCGCGGCUGAAGUUCCAGGAAGAUGACGAAGGCAACCCCACAAAAACAGCGCUGGGGAUGUACAGCAAGGAGGGCGAGUAUGUCGACUUCCCAGAGCCGUGUGAAUGUGUGGGACAGGUGGAAGCAUGGCUAAACCGGCUCCUGGACACCAUGCGUGCCUCUGUGAGGCAUGAGAUGAUGGACGCAGUGGUGACAUACGAGGAGAAACCGCGUGAACAGUGGGUGUUCGACUACCCUGCACAGGUUGCCCUGACAAUGUCACAGGUGUGGUGGACCACGGAGGUCACGAUUGCUUUCGGUCGGCUCGAGGAAGGGUAUGAAAACGCCAUGAAGGAUUACAACAAGAAGCAGAUUCAACAGCUGAACACGAUGAUCCUGAUGUUGCUGGGAGACCUCAGCUCAGGUGAUCGACAGAAACUGGUUACAAUCUGUACCAUCGAUGUACACAACAGGGACGUAGUGGGGAAGAUGAUCACAAACAAGACUGAGAAUGCUCAGGCCUUCCUGUGGUUGAGCCAGCUGCGGCACCGUUGGGACGAGCAACAGAAAGACUGUUUCGCCAACAUCUGUGACGCCCAGUUCAAGUAUGCCUACGAAUACCUGGGGAACACGGCGCGACUUGUCAUCACACCACUGACGGACAGGUGCUACAUCACCUUGACGCAGUCCCUUCAUCUGACCAUGAGCGGUGCCCCUGCCGGACCUGCCGGGACAGGGAAAACAGAGACCACCAAGGACCUGGGGCGAGCUCUGGGCAUCAUGGUGUACGUCUUCAACUGCUCCGAACAGAUGGACUACAAGUCCAUUGGGAACAUCUACAAGGGUCUUGCGCAGACCGGAGCAUGGGGCUGCUUUGACGAGUUCAACCGCAUCUCCGUGGAGGUCCUGUCGGUGGUGGCUGUGCAGGUGAAGUCCAUCCAGGACGCCAUCCGCAACAAGAAGUCCCGCUUCAUGUUCGAGGGGGAGGACAUCGUGAUGACGCCGACUGUGGGCCUGUUCAUCACCAUGAACCCGGGCUACGCCGGCAGGACGGAGCUGCCGGAAAACCUCAAGUCUUUGUUCAGACCGUGCGCCAUGGUUGUGCCCGACUUCGGCAUGAUCUGUGAGAACAUGCUGCUGGCUGCAGGCUUCACGGAGGCCAAACUGCUGGCCAGGAAGUUCAUCACGCUCUACACUCUGUGUCGGGAACUGCUGUCCAAGCAGGACCACUACGACUGGGGUUUGAGGGCGAUCAAGUCCGUGUUGGUAGUGGCGGGAGCGCUGCGGAGAUCAGACCGUCAGAGGCCGGAGGACCAGGUGCUGAUGCGGGCCCUCCGCGACUUCAACAUCCCCAAGAUCGUCACAGAUGACCUGCCCAUCUUCAUGGGACUGAUAGGUGAUCUGUUCCCGGCCCUUGAUGUGCCGAGGAAACGUGAUAUGGACCUGGAGGCCGCAGUGCGGAAAACCACGCUCGAGCUCAAGCUUCAACCUGAGGAGAGCUUCAUCAUGAAGGUGGUACAACUGGAGGAGCUUCUUGAUGUUCGUCACUCCGUUUUCGUCAUUGGCAAUGCCGGUACCGGAAAAUCUAAGGUAAUGAAGACACUCCACAGGACCUAUGCCAACCUGAAGCGGAAGCCUGUGUGGAAUGACUUGAACCCCAAAGCAGUCACCACUGACGAGUUGUUUGGUUACAUCAACCCUGCCACUCGUGAAUGGAAAGACGGUCUUUUCUCCACCAUCAUGCGAGACCAGGCUAACAUCACUCAUGACGGGAACAAGUGGAUCGUGUUGGACGGAGAUAUCGACCCCAUGUGGAUAGAAUCCCUCAAUACUGUUAUGGACGACAAUAAGGUGUUGACGUUGGCCAGUAACGAGCGCGUCCCGCUGAACCCGUCCAUGCGGCUGCUGUUUGAGAUCAGUCACCUCCGCACGGCGACCCCCGCCACCGUCUCACGGGCAGGCAUCCUGUACGUCAACCCGCAGGACCUGGGCUGGCAUCCAAUUGUGACGAGCUGGAUCGACACCCUGAAGGAACAGUCCCAGAAGGCGAACCUCACCAUCCUCUUCGACAAGUACAUGCCGCCCAUCCUGGACGGGAUGCGCAGUGGCCGCUUCAAGAAAAUCACACCUAUUCCAGAAACCAGCAUGGUGCAGAUGCUGUGCUACUUGCUAGAAGUACUGCUGACUCCUCAGAACACUCCGCCAGAUUGUCCCAAAGAGCUGUACGAGUUGUACUUUGUGUUCGCGGCUGCCUGGGCUUUCGGUGGCUCCAUGUUCCAGGAUCAGCUGAUUGAUUACCGUGUGGAGUUCAGUAAGUGGUGGGUCACGGAGUUCAAGACGAUCAAGUUCCCGUCUCACGGCACCAUUUUCGACUACUUCAUCGACCCGGAGUCUAAGAAGUUCCUGCCCUGGACGGAGAAGGUGCCUAAGUUUGAUAUGGACCCAGACAAGCCACUGCAGGCUGUGCUUGUACACACUGCAGAGACAACCCGCAUCAAGUACUUUGUCGACAUGUUGAUGGCCAAGGGAAGACCAGUCAUGUUGGUCGGUAACGCCGGAACUGGUAAGACGGUACUGGCCGGGGACAAGUUCAGUAGUCUCUCCGAGGACUACAUGGUCACGAAGAUCCCCUUCAACUACUACACAACCUCUGCUAUGCUGCAAGCAAUCAUGGAGAAGCCACUGGAGAAGAAGGCUGGCCGUAACUACGGUCCUCCGGGCGGGAAGAAACUCAUCUACUUCCUGGACGACAUGAACAUGCCCGAGGUGGACACGUACGGCACGGUCCAGCCGCACACACUCAUCCGGCAACACAUGGACUACAACCACUGGUACGACAGGGCCAAGCUCACGCUCAAGGACAUCCUUAACUGCCAGUAUGUGGCCUGCAUGAACCCAACUGCCGGGAGCUUCACCAUCAACCCAAGACUGCAGCGGCACUUUGCAGUGUUUGCGGUUAGCUUCCCGGGUGCGGACGCCCUGACUACUAUAUACAAGAGCAUCAUCAACGGGCAUCUCCAGGGCGCUAACUUCAGCAAUAACGUGGUGAAGGCUGCCGCACACAUCGUGGAGGCAGCCAUCGGUCUGCACCAGAAGAUAACCUCCACAUUCCUGCCCACUGCCAUCAAGUUCCACUACAUCUUCAACCUCAGGGACCUGUCCAACAUCUUCCAGGGUAUCCUGUUUGCCGGACCGGAGUGCAUGAAGACUCCUCUGGACUUCAUCCGUCUGUGGCUGCACGAGGCAAACCGCGUGUACGGGGACAAACUGGUGGACGAGAAGGACAUGGAGAUGUUCAACAAAGUCGUGCUGGACAACGUGCGCAAGUACUUCGAGGAUAUGGAAGAGAGCGAGAUCAUGGAAAAGCCCAACAUGUACACCCACUUUUCCCAAGGGAUCGGUGAUCCCAAGUACAUGCCUGUCUCUGGGUGGGCUGAGCUCAACAAGCUGCUGGUCGAGGCCUUGGACACCUACAACGAGCUGAACGCAGCCAUGAACCUGGUUCUGUUUGAGGAUGCCAUGCAGCAUGUGUGCCGUAUCAACCGUAUCCUGGAGUCUCCCCGGGGUAACGCGCUGCUGGUGGGUGUGGGAGGCAGCGGGAAGCAGAGUCUGUCCCGCCUGGCCGCCCACAUCAGCGCGCUGGACGUGUUCCAGAUCACACUCAGGAAGGGCUACAGCAUUCCGGAUCUUAAGAUGGACCUGGCCAAUCUGUACAUCAAGGCAGGGAUGAAGAACAUCGGUAUGGUGUUCCUGAUGACCGACGCGCAGGUCGCAGAUGAGAAGUUCUUGGUGUUGGUCAAUGAUCUCCUGGCCUCUGGAGAAAUACCCGACCUCUUCCCUGAUGACGAGAUCGAAAACAUCAUCAGUGGGCUGCGGAUGGAGGUGAAGGGACUAGGUCUGCAGGACACAAGAGAGAACUGCUGGAGUUUCUUCAUCGACAGGGUUCGGCGCCAACUCAAGGUCGUCCUGUGCUUUUCGCCCGUCGGACGUACCCUGCGCGUGCGUGGACGCCGUUUCCCGGCCGUGGUGAACUGCACGUCCAUCGACUGGUUCCAGGACUGGCCGCAGGAGGCGCUGGAGUCCGUCAGCAGGAGGUUCAUAGAGGAGGUGGACGGGAUAGAGCCUGACGUGAAGAACUCCAUCAGCCUGUUCAUGUCCUACGCGCACACCAGUGUGAACGAGAUGAGCAAGGCGUACAUCGCCAACGAGCGCCGGUACAACUACACCACUCCCAAGAGCUUCCUGGAGCAGAUCGCUCUCUACAGGAAUCUCCUGAAGAAGAAGAGUGACGAGCUGACGGCCAAGAUGCAGCGGUUGGAGAACGGACUGUUGAAACUGCAAAGCACGGCGUCACAGGUGGACGACUUGAAAGCAAAGCUGGCCUCACAAGAAGUGGAACUGAAAGCGAAGAACGAAGAGGCUGAGAAGUUGAUCGCCAAGGUAGGGGCAGAGACAGAACGGGUCAGUAAGGAGAAGGCCAUCGCUGAUGAAGAAGAGGAGAAGGUGUCUGUCAUCAAACAGAAGGUGUCUGUCAAGCAGAAGUCCUGUGAGGAGGACCUGGCCCGUGCGGAGCCUGCGCUGCUAGCUGCAAAGGAGGCGUUGGACACGCUGAAUAAGGGCAACUUGACAGAAAUGAAGGCGUUUGGCUCCCCGCCUGCUGCUGUGAUCAACGUCACCGCUGCAGUAAUGGUGCUGAUGGCACCUGGCGGGAAGGUACCGAAGGACAGGAGCUGGAAGAAUGCCAAGUCUCAGCUUAUGGGCAAGGUGGACACGUUUCUGGAGAAUCUGCUGAACUUCGACAAGGAGAACAUCCCCGAUCCUAACCUGAAGGCACUGCAGCCAUAUCUCCAGGACAAGGAGUUCAACCCCGACAACAUCCGCACCAAGUCCAUCGCCGCCGCCGGUCUGUGUGCCUGGGUCAUCAACAUCGUCAAGUACUACGAGGUGUUCUGUGAGGUCGAGCCCAAGAGGAUUGCUCUGAAUGAGGCAAACGAAGAGCUAAGAGCUGCCACGGAAAAGUUGAACAAAAUCAAGAGCAAGAUCGCGGACCUUGAAGCAACUCUGGCAGAUCUGACUGCAAAAUUCGAGAAAGCCACGGAAGAGAAGCUGAAGUGCCAGCAGGAGGCCGACCGCACGGCGUACACCAUCUCCCUGGCCAACCGGCUGGUGGGAGGACUGGCCUCCGAAAACGUCCGCUGGGCAGAGUCUGUCAACAACUUCAAGAUCCAAGCGAGUACCCUCUGUGGAGAUGUGCUGCUGAUUGCCGCCUUCGUGUCUUACGUCGGCUGCUUCUCCAAGCGAUACCGACAGGACCUAAUCGAGAACUUCUGGACACCUUUCAUCAAACAACUAAAGGUUCCCAUCCCCAUCACAGAGGGCCUGGAUCCCUUGUCUCUGCUGACAGACGACGCUGACAUCGCGGCAUGGAACAACGAGGGGUUGCCUAGCGACCGCAUGUCCACGGAGAACGCCACCAUCCUGCUGAACUGUGAGCGCUGGCCUCUCAUGAUCGACCCUCAGCUGCAGGGCAUCAAGUGGAUCAAGACAAGAGUUGGAGAUGACCUCGUCAUAGUCAAGAUUGGACAAAAGGGGUACCUUGACACUAUCGAGCGUGCCCUAUCUACGGGAGAGACCAUCCUCUUUGAGAACAUUGAAGAGUCCGUGGACCCAGUACUUGACCCGCUUCUCGGCAGGAACACGAUCAAGAAGGGGAGAUUCAUCAAAAUUGGAGACAAGGAGUGCGAGUACCAUCCGAAGUUCCGGCUGAUCCUACACACCAAGCUGGCCAACCCGCACUACAAGCCGGAGAUGCAGGCCCAGACCACCCUCAUCAACUUCACCGUCACCAGGGACGGCCUGGAGGACCAACUGCUGGCGGAUGUCGUCAGCAAAGAAAGGCCUGAUCUGGAGAAAUUAAAGUCUGACCUGACCAAGCAGCAGAACGACUUCAAGAUCACCCUGAAGGAGCUGGAGGAUUCUCUGCUGUCUCGCCUGUCCGCGGCUCAGGGCAACUUCCUGGGGGAUACAGCACUGGUGGAGAAUCUGGAGACCACUAAGCGUACCGCUGCUGAGAUUGAAGUGAAGGUUGAAGAAGCCAAGACAACAGAGGCCAAAAUCAACGAAGCCCGUGAACUGUACCGUCCCGCAGCUGCCCGUGCCUCGCUCCUCUACUUCAUCCUGAAUGACCUGAACAUGAUCAACCCCAUCUACCAGUUCUCUCUCAAGGCAUUCAAUGUGGUCUUCACCAAAGCUAUUGAGCGUGCAGGCCAGGCAGAGGAGGUGAAGGAACGAGUGGCCAACCUGAUCGACUCCAUCUCCUUCUCUGUCUUCAUGUACACAACUCGUGGCCUGUUUGAGCGGGACAAGCUCACCUUCUUGUCUCAAGUGGCCUUCCAGAUCCUUCUGAUGAAGAAGGAGAUCAACAUGGUAGAGUUGGACUUCCUGCUCCGCUUCCCGAUCCAGGUUAACGCAAAGAGCCCAGUAGACUUCCUAACAGAUACUGCCUGGGGAGGUAUCAAGGCUUUGGCAGCUAUGGAGGAGUUCCACAACCUUGACCGUGACAUUGAGGGAUCUGCCAAACGGUGGAAGAAGUUUGUGGAAAGCGAGUGUCCCGAGAAGGAAAAGUUCCCGCAAGAGUGGAAAAACAAAACCUCCCUCCAGAAGCUGUGCAUGAUGAGGGCACUGCGACCGGACAGGAUGACCUAUGCCGUGACGAACUUUGUGGAGGAAAAGCUCGGAAGCAAGUAUGUCACCAGCCGACAGGUGGAGUUCGCCAAGUCCUUUGAAGAGACCGGUCCGGCCACGCCCGUGUUCUUCAUCCUGUCUCCGGGAGUCGACCCCCUGAAGGACGUGGAGGCCCUGGGAAACAAGCUGGGCUUCACGUUCGACAACGGGAACUUCCACAACGUGUCGCUGGGCCAGGGCCAGGAGGUGGUGGCCGAGAAUGCACUGGAUCUGGCAGCGAAGGAUGGGCAUUGGGUGAUCCUACAGAACAUCCAUCUUGUAGCCAGGUGGCUGAGCACGCUGGAGAAGAAGAUGGACGAGAACAGCGCGGAGGGUCACGAGAACUAUCGCGUCUUCAUCUCGGCCGAGGCGGCGAGCGACCCCCAGGAGCACAUCAUCCCGCAGGGCAUCCUGGAGAACGCCAUCAAGAUCACCAACGAGCCGCCGACCGGCAUAUUCGCCAAUCUGCACAAGGCGCUGGACAACUUCAACCAGGACACGAUGGAGAUGUGUGCCCGGGAGCUGGAGUUCAAGAGCAUUCUCUUUGGUCUGUGCUACUUCCACGCUGUGGUUGGAGAGAGGCGCAAGUUUGGACCCCAAGGAUGGAACCGACCCUAUCCUUUCAACAACGGGGAUCUCACCAUCUCUGUCAAUGUGCUGUAUAACUACCUUGAGGCGAAUGCAAAGGUGCCGUGGACGGACCUGCGUUACCUGUUCGGACAGAUCAUGUACGGGGGCCACAUCACUGAUGACUGGGACAGACGGCUCUGCAGCACGUACCUGGAGGAGUACAUGCAUCCGGACAUGCUGGAUGGAGAGCUGUCCUUUGCGCCAGGCUUCCCCUGCCCGCCCAACCUGGACUACAAGGGCUACCAUCAGUACAUCGACGACAUGCUGCCGCCUGAGAGCCCGUACCUGUACGGUCUGCACCCCAACGCUGAGAUCGGCUUCCUCACCACCACGUCAGACAACCUGUUCAAGACGGUCUUGGAGCUGCAGCCGAGGGACAACGCCUCGGGAGCCGGGAGUGGACCCACUGUUGAGGAGAAGGUGAAGAACACGCUGGAUGACAUACUGGAGAAGCUUCCUGAGGAGUUCAACAUGCAGGAGAUCACCGCCAAGGCCGAGAACAAGACCCCCUACGUCCUGGUGGCACUGCAGGAGUGUGAGCGGAUGAACCAACUCACCAGGGAAAUCCGGAGGUCGCUUAAGAACCUCGAUCUUGGUCUCAAGGGUGAGCUGACGAUCUCGCCGGAGAUGGAGGCCCUGCAGAACUCGCUGUUCUUCGACCACGUGCCCGACUCCUGGGCCCGGCUGGCGUACCCGUCCAUGUACGGGCUGGCGCAGUGGUACGCCGACCUGCUGGCGCGCAUCCGGGAACUCGACACCUGGGUGAACGACUUCACCCUCCCCGCCGUGGUCUGGCUCUCCGGGUUCUUCAACCCACAGUCCUUCCUCACGGCUAUCAUGCAGAGCAUGGCGCGUAAGAAUGAGUGGCCGUUGGACAAGAUGUGCCUGACGGUUGACGUCACCAAGAAGAGCAAGGAGGACUUUGGCGGGCCGCCGCGUGAGGGCGCUUAUGUACACGGUCUGUUCAUGGAGGGUGCACGCUGGGACGUACAGACAGGCAUGAUGACCGACGCCCGUCUUAAGGAACUGACCCCAGCCAUGCCGGUCAUGUUCAUCAAGGCCAUCCCCGUGGAUCGCCAGGACACGAAGAACAUCUACGAGUGUCCAGUCUACAAGACCAAGAUGCGGGGACCCACCUUCGUCUGGACCUUCAAUCUCAAGAGCAAGGAGAAGCCUGCCAAGUGGAUUCUGGCUGGAGUCGCUCUUCUUCUUUCUGUCUAGAUUGCUAUCUGUUAGAAUCAAAACGAAAAUACAAUUGGCAAUCUGAUAGACAUUGGCAAUCUGGCCAAAUAUAGUGCAAAAAAAUACUUUCAAUUCUUAAGAUAAAUGAUCAUAGAAUUGUGCAAAGCGAACCAAUGAAAUUAGUUGAAAACAGCUCAAGUAGUCAAUCAGGCUUUGUGAGAAGUAUACUCUACCUCGUAGCCGUUACUUUUGCCCAGUAAAACUUGAACCUUACAGUAAUCUUACAGACUUUUUAAAAGUCUCUUAUAACAGUGAUAGUCGAAAUGUACGUCACCAAGGGGGCUGGAUGAAGAAAGCUGUGCUACUGUCUUGCUGUGGUGUUUUUGCAACAUCCCAUGUCUCAGCUUCUGCUUUGUACUGUUUGGGCUUUUUUUUACAAAGACACGUCUUCACUAGACAAAGUGCCACCCUUUUAGAGCACCUUUGGAACGUUGACAAACGUGUGUCUUCCCCGUGUUUUAUUUGAUGUAAUUGAAACUUUUUGAUCCAUGUUUUAUGUUGCUUUUGAAAGAAAAGAUGUAUUUCGUCACUGUAAAAUGCACCAUUGUAUUAAGAUUUAUUGUUUCCUCAUAUAGAUACUCCUUACACAGAGACUAUAUUGCAAUUGAAAUGACGUGUGUCACUUUGAUGUUUGUAAUAGAUCAAAUAGUGGAAGUAAAGAAAUGGUCAUUGACAUUUUUAAGUACUACACAUUAUAUUUUUGUCAUUUCCAUUGAUCAAUAGCAUUGCAGAUAAAUAAUUUAGUUGAGAUAUUUAUGCAAAUGCACACUGAUGACUAAGAUAACUGAUGCAAAAUUAAGCUUUUGAAGAUCUGAUGGAUGAUUUUUAUAUGUAAGAAUGAGAAAUAUUCGUACCGUCAAUUGAUUGUUAUCUACACUCACAGGUACACGAGUAAGGUGGUAUAAUAUUGGAAUAUUGAUGACCAGAUCACGUAAUGCGAUAUGUCAAGAAAUUAUUAUUUGUAUAUAAAUGAAUAAAUGUGACCAGAGUUAUUUUGUG